GCAGUCUCAGUGUGUCUUUAGUUUGCAUAGAAUUUGCUUACUUGUUUCAGCAAGGAAGAUUUUGAUCAGCUAGUAACCUGACUUUUUUUUAUAUCUAGGUUGAUCAGAAAUCAUGGGGUUUGUGAGCAGUAUUGUUUUGCCUAUGUUAGUUCUCUGCUUUGGGCAGCUCAUGAGUGUCAGCAAUGGACAGAUAGUUGAGAGGACGUAUUCAGGCAAGAUUCAAGUUAAUAAUGGAAUGGGCUGGGGCUCAUGGGGACAUCGAGAUAUGUGUCCCUAUGGGACCUAUGCUACAGGCUUUAGUCUCAAAGUUGAACAAUCAGUAGGAGAUGGAGAUGACACAGCCCUAAAUGGAAUUGCCCUUCGCUGCACUAAACCCAUGGGCUCCACACAGCAGCCUCAGCCCUAUUCUACAGUCCAAUCUGAUACCGGCAGCUGGGGGUCUUGGACGCAGAACAACUGGUGCCCUAAUGGAGUGCUACAGGCAUUUCAGCUGCGAGUAGAAUCCGGUCAAGGACGAGGUGAUGAUACUGCUGCUAACAACAUAAGGUUCUCAUGCACUGGAGGGGUACAGUUGACCGGCAGUGGCAUGUCCUGGGGAGAAUGGGGUGGAUGGAGUGAAAAAUGUGUUGGAACAGGGAUUUGUGGAAUCCAAACCAAAGUAGAGUCACCACAGGGUUCAGGAGACGACACCGCUCUUAAUGACGUCAAAUUUUACUGCUGUUAUUAAGAGAUAAUGAAGAGGACAACUCAAACUACGAUUACGACUAUUUUCUUUCUCAUGAUCUCACUCUAUCAGGUUUAUGAUGAACAAUUCUUAUUCAUUGUUUUAAAUAGAUAACACAGGGGAAAUCACACCUCCAAGUGCAGGUGUUGUUCCUGCACUUCAUCACAUAAGGAUCAUUUGCUUGUGUAUAAUUAUACUAGUUUGGAUCCAAAUCUUUCAGUGCUUAUCUCUGGCAGACAAAAAUGAGUACACACAAUGGAUACAGAUUUGUCUUCAUGAAUAUAAUCAUGACCUGCAAUAUAUGUCUCUUAUUCUGAGUAAAGAAAUUCACAAUGAUUUGGUCCAAAAGAAAACAAUAAAAUUUUGUUGGGAAUUUAUCUAAAUAAUGAUUUUGUUCAAGAAUAUGUCAUAGAACAAUAAAUAAAAUUGCAUUGCAAAUUUUA